AUGAAUGAAUGUGCUGAACGCAGAAGUAGGCUUGGUGCAGUUCAAUACUGCGGACCUUAUAGAAUAGAAAAGACAUUAGGGAAAGGACAGACAGGUCUUGUAAAGACAGGAACACAUUGCAUAACCGGUAGAAAAGUGGCUAUUAAAAUUGUGAAUAAAGACAAACUGAGUGAAUCCGUUCUUCAAAAGGUGGAGCGCGAAAUAGCCAUAAUGAAACUAAUUGAGCAUCCUCAUGUUCUGCACUUGUAUGAUGUCUAUGAAAACAAAAAAUAUUUAUAUCUAUUGUUAGAACAUGUUUCUGGAGGCGAGUUAUUUGACUACCUAGUUAAGAAAGGGAGACUUAUGUCCAAAGAGGCCCGGAAAUUCUUUCGUCAAAUCAUUUCAGCUCUUGAUUUUUGCCAUUCACAUAACAUUUGUCACCGAGAUUUGAAGCCCGAGAACUUAUUAUUAGAUGAUAGAAAUCAUAUAAAAGUAGCCGAUUUCGGAAUGGCUUCUUUACAAGUUGAAGGAGCAAUGCUGGAGACCAGCUGUGGCUCGCCGCAUUAUGCAUGUCCUGAAGUCAUCAGGGGCGAAAAAUAUGAUGGGCGCAAAGCUGACGUCUGGAGCUGUGGGGUUAUUCUAUACGCUUUACUAGUUGGAGCCCUGCCGUUUGAUGAUGAUAAUUUGCGCAAUUUGUUGGAAAAAGUGAAAAAAGGCGUAUUUCAUAUUCCUCAUUUUGUUCCUGCUGAGAUACAGAGCUUGUUAAGAGCAAUGAUUGAAGUGGAUCCUAUUAAAAGAUACUCGCUGGCAGAAGUAUUUCGACACCCAUGGGUGACUGGUACGUCAAAAAAUGAGCCGGAGCUCGAGCUGCCGAUGGCACAAGUUGUGCAGACCCACGUCAUAUUGGGAGAAGACAGCAUCGAUCCAGAUGUUUUGCGUCAUAUGAACAAUUUAGGAUGCUUUAAGGAUAAACAAAGGCUUAUUAAAGAGCUUCUCUCUGCGAGACAUAAUACUGAGAAAAUGGUCUAUUUUUUGUUAUUGGAUCGUAAGCGUAGAAGACCGGCUCAAGAGGAUGAAACAGAAAUCGUACUUCGAGGAACAGCUCAAGCAGUUGAUCCACCACGCAAGCGAACAGAUUCAUCUAAAGUUCGCUAUGCAAUAGGUGGAAUAGCUGAUGGUAGUCCUAUUAAUCCCAGGAAAACAUAUGGGCGUCAUUAUCGUUCAAAUAGGUUCAAUAGUCUUAGUGGAUCACCAAAUGAGUCUCCUAAAAGCUCUAGAGAUCAGUUGUUCAAGAGCACUGUUGGCCUUUUCACCAAAAAUGAUUCCUCCCCCAGAAACGCUGGAGCGAAUGUGUUUUCUGCUUCAAUGACAGAAAUGAGUGACGUAACGGAUAGAACAAGAAAUAUAAAUAUAGAAGUUGAUAAAAAGCCUGCAAACAACGAUAAUAAUGAGAUUCUCAUUUGCUCGGAAAUAGUCCCUCCUUCAAAGAAAGAUAGUAAACAAUCAACUCGUCCAUUAUUCUGCAAGGACUCCGCUGAAAGCUUGAGCCGUGAUCCAUCAAUUGGCUCAAAGGGAUCGGAGAGUUCGGAGGUUGUUUCCUCAAUCAUCGGGGGAAGCCAGACUAAUUUCGUCGGAACAUCUGGCCCAUGGAUUUCUAAGCUAACGAACAUCAAAAAUUCCUUUUUGGGCACUCCAAGAUUUCAUAGACGCAAAACAGUCAAUAACUCUAAUGAGAGUGACAGCGAGGACAACCAACUUAUUGAUACUAACGACCUAAUCAAGAAAUCAUGGUUUGGUUCUCUGACAUCUUCAAUGAAUAUGGAAAAAGAUGAUACACAUUGCCUUCCCAUUCAGGGUAAAACACUCAACAGUAUCAAGGCUGAGCUAAUACGAGCUUUUCUCACGAUCCAUGAACUCAGUCAUUCUGUCAUUGGUCAAAACAGUUUCCGCGUUGAAUACAAAAGAGGGCCAACAGCUGGUGGAAAUUUGUUUAGCAGAGGAAUAAAAAUGAAUGUUGAGAUUAUCGAAUCAGCUGAGCCAUGCAUAGACGAGUUUCCUACUUAUAUCGUUCAAUUUAUUCUUCUAGCCGGACCUAGUAGAAGAUUCAGACGAUUAGUUGAACAUCUUUCAACACUUAUAAAGAAAUCUAAUUCUAAAUCUAGAGGAGAUAAACAGCCUUAUUCAUCGGUCAUGGUUCGUCCACGACGACUGUCUGACUCAUCUGUCGGUUCAGCCUGUUCCGACUCUGAUAGUAGUCUGAGUUUCAAUACUCAUACCAACAGUGCCUUGAAAAUGGAUUUUUCCACUAACGAUGAAGUUCUCUACAAAACAAAAAGAAGUUUAUCCAGUACAUCAUCUGGACAUCCAGGGAAAGUUCAUAACUAA